AUGAUUAAGAAGAUAAAAAUCUUUUCGAUGCUAACCUUUCGUGAUUCCACUCUACAGGGAAACAAUAUAUUUAGAUCUAUGACUUAUAGAUCUUUAGGUCAGUUUAUGGAUACGGAAAGCCAGAAAAAUUUAAGUGAGAUCUUAGAUAAACUCGAGGAAUCCAGGAUUUUACUUGACACAGAAGGUCAAAAACAUCAAAAUAUAUAUAAGAGUAAUAGUCAGCAAAAUACUGAUUAUAAUUUUAAAGCUGAUCUGAAAAAAUAUCUCGAAUUACAAAAUAAAGUUCAAACUAGUCAACAGAAAAACUUUGGAAUAGCGGAAUCUAUUAUAAAUAAAAGUAUCCAGCGUGAGUAUAAAUGUAAAGAACUUAAAGAUUACCUCAAGGAAGAAUUUCCAAGUAUUAAUAGAGAUUUCCAAGACCAAGAAGGUAUAUUAAAGCAAUACUUAUUAGAUGCAUUUAAUCAGGCUAAAACUCAAAAUUAG